UCUGCUGAGAACACUUGGAUUCUAUCUACUCUGCUGAUCUGCUGAGAACACUUGGAUUCUAUCUACUCUGCUGAUCUGCUGAGAACACUUGGAUUCUAUCUACUCUGCUGAUCUGCUGAGACAAUCUGAAUUGGAUUUUGCUGAAAUGGAAGGACAAGCUGAGAAGAGACAGAAAUCCGACCGUCGCAUCAUUCACUGCCUGCUGUGUGGGAAACCACAGGAGAUGCUGUCGACGCAUCUGAGCAGAGUGUGUAUGAAAAAGAACACACCCGAAGAACGGAUGGAGGAAACAAAUAGGGCAAAGGAGUCUGCCAAGGCGUGGACACGGCAAGCCAGGAACUGGGACUACAAGGAGAUGGUGAAACGUUACCCCCACAGACCAUCCAGACUGGCUCUUCUGAAAGAGCUUUGCCAAAGAGACUUUUUUGUGGCUAAUGCUCCUGAACAGGCAGACUUGGACCCAGAAGAGGCGUCCACCAGCACGGCGGGUGAACCUUCUGGAGCAGCCGGUGGCAGCUCUGAAGCAGCCGUUGUCAGCUCCCUGACACGCUCCUCUUCUUACGACUCUGGCGACGAGGGCACCCAGGCAGUGAAGAGAAGGCGGGUGGAAGAAGAGGUUGGCAGCCCAGCCCCGGACUUUAAUGCUUUCCUGCAGGCCUUCCCUGUGGGAAUCACUGGCCAACCACCCAACAAGACCCAGAGAGAAAAAGCUGGGUUCCCCGCCGACAGAGUCUUUUAUGAUAAGUGGAGGGCUCUGCAGUACAGCCUUCGGGAGCAACAUCUUUUGUCAAAAUUCUCAAGACGUACCCCAACUGCAGCGAUGGUGGCCAAAGUCAUAGAUGCAGAGGGCUGGACGGCCAAUCAUCCUCGUCCAGAGGACAUCAUGGCGAAGUGGAGGCCGCUCAGCAGAGCACAGGCGGAGAGUGACCCGGGCAUCAUCAAGAGGGUGACCAGGUAUGUACAACUGUCUUAUGAGCACAGCGUUGUUGCAACCAAGGCCUUCGGGAAGGGCUCCAUCCUGUGUGAUUUCCACGGAAAGGUGAUCACAGGUGCUGAGGGCAGGGAGAUGGCAGAGACGCAGGACCAGCUGGGAAACCUGUUUUUCUUCAAACAUGGCCCUGACGAAAUCUGCAUCGAUGCGGAGACUUUCCCCUGUGAGUGCCACCCGUCUCUGGAAACCAUCGGGAGAUGGAUUACUCACUCAAAGAAGAAGUGCAACGUGCAGCCAUGCCACUGCAUAGUGAAGCUUCAGGGGGGAGACAGGCACGUCCUGCUCUUUCAGGCCACCACGGACAUUAAGAAAGAUGAUAAGAUCUGCUUCGACCACGGCAUCAAGAAGAGGACUUUUCGUGGGGAGAUAGAGGAGCUGGAGUGGCUGAACAUUUGA